UCGCAUUUCCACUUUUACGGGGUCUAUGCUGGUUCUCAGCGAUCAAUACCGUUCACUCUCACAAACCAAUCAUCAGCCUCAGCCCAGGUUACCUUUGACCUGGCGGAAUACACUGACUUCUCUGUGAGGUUCCCCCAGCCCUUAGCAAGUGCAGAGAAAGAGCCAGGUGUGAGUGUUGUGGAGCUCCAUGGCAACCAGACAGUGGACUGUUCCCUUGUCUUCUUCCCAACCCAGGCAGCAGGCUAUGACUUUGACCUGCCGUUGAUGGUCAACGGGUUGAGAUGGCCCACUGCUUCGCUAUCUCCUCUCCCCACUCCAUCCUCCUCGUGCACCUACUCCUCACUGUCAGAUGGCAGCAGGAAGCAUGUCGUCAAACCCCUUCCCCAGUCUGUCACCAUGGCGACACAACGGUCACUGCGCAUACAGGCCACAGUACUGUGCGCACCACUGGAAAUGUCACCCUCCAGCCUAGAGUUCCAAGUGGACCCCCUGGCUACACAGUUUGAUGCUAACACUAAGACUGUGGAGCUGAAAGCAGUGUGUGAAGAGAGCGUGUUUUGGCGCAGGUGUGUCGGGAAACAUGUGAAUUGGUGGUUUGACUGCGGAACAAAAGCAUUACCGACAGAGCAAAGAAGAGAUGGGGAGCUGUGUUUGGUGUGUCCAUCAUCAGGCAGUCUGGGGCCCGGUCAGUCCAUCUGCUUGACGGUCAGCAUCCACCCUGAGGCCAUCACAACAG